AUGAUGAAUAAUUCGACAGCUCUUCAAACGGUUCUACCCCUCCGCCACGAUACUUAUCUCGUUGAUGAGAAAGACAGCGAGCUCGUCGGAAGGCUCGUGAGGAUCUACAGAACUUACGCGUUCUCUCUUUCUAGUCUAGAGCAGCAAGAUUUUCGACAGAUGAUCAGAAAGCGAGAGUAUAAACGCGGCGAUGGGCGUCCUGACCCAAGCGAUAUUGUUCUACAUCACGUAUACAGUGGGAUGUACCACAGAAAGAAAAGGUGCUGGAUGGGUGACAAAGUUACAUUUACAAAGUGGGCACUUCUAGCGACGUUGUAUUCCGCAGAGAGCCUGGCUGAGCUUGCCAAGGUUGUCACGAAAUUGGGCAUUGACCGGCAGCCAUGCUGGCAGAAAUACGCCGAUCAUCACGAUGGUGAUGAUGAGAAAGGUGACGACAAUCUGGGGCCGUUAGAACUGCCCAACGCUGCCGAGCUGGCAUCAGUUUGUACAAAGAGGGUUCGAAUUUCUGCUGGUCCUCCGAGAGCAGCGAGCGGCAGCGACACUGACGAAGCUCUCUCCGUUUCCAAUGGCGCGGAAAUGCAGCCGCCAUCCCGGUAUUUAUUGAACAUCGAGCAGCAGGAUGUUGAGAAUCAUGAAGAUGGAAUAAGCGGCCGGAUAUCAAGCGACACUUCACACGGAGAGCUCGAAAGAAGGGUAUACCACCGAAAACACAGGCUUACAGAGACUGACCUGACAUUACCGCAACCUGCGUCAAAACGGAGAGACUGCCACUCCGACAUCUCGCAUGGGGUCAAUGCGAGCGUCUGUUCACUUAGUCGGACUGCCAGCCCUAAGCCAAACAACUAUGAGUUGCCGCUGGAUAGCGACGAUGCAGCCCUAAUUUGGCAAGAAAUAACCCGGCUGCAUCAAUGCUUAGGCUCUAUUACAGCAGACAACAUCGCUCUGCGUAAGAUAGUAGACGCAUCAGAAGCAAACAGCAUCGCUCUGCAUAAGAAAGUAGACGCAUUGGAAGCAAAAACAAAUGCACAGGACGUCGAUGAAGCUUUAUUGCAGGACGCUUUGGCUCGUGAGCGUGAACAAAAUUGUCUACUGCUUCAAAGAGUGCACAAAUUGGAGGAGUCGCACAAGUCGUACUCUCCGAUUAUGGACAAAAUCUAUCAAAAGAUACUUGAGUAUACCAUAAGGACUGAUGAGCUUGCCAGAAAUCAUCAAAAAAGGGACGAAGCGCUUCUCAAAACCCAGACAGACGUCGAGGAGUGCCGGGGGGAGCGUGGAAGAGUGCCAGGCGGGCGUUGA